UCUGGCAACUUUAUGGGUCGUGGAGGAAACUUUGGAGGUGGUGGAGGUAAUUUUGGCCGCGGUGGAUACUUUGGUGGAAGAGGAGGCUAUGGUGGUGGAGGUGGUGGCAGUAGAGGAAGUUAUGGAGGAGGUGAUGGUGGUUACAAUGGUUUUGGAGGUGAUGGUGGCAACUAUGGUGGUGGUCCUGGUUAUAGCAGCAGAGGAGGCUAUGGUGGUGGACCAGGAUAUGGAAACCAAGGUGGUGGAUAUGGUGGAGGAGGAGGAUAUGAUGGUUACAAUGAAGGAGGAAAUUUUGGAGGUAUCUAUGGUGGUGGUGGAAACUACAAUGAUUUUGGUAAUUAUAGUGGACAACAGCAAUCAAAUUACGGACCCAUGAAAGGGGGCAGUUUUGGUGAAAGAAGCUCGGGCAGUCCCUAUGGUGGUGGUUAUGGAUCUGGUGGUGGAAGUGGUGGAUAUGGUAGCAGAAGGUUCUAAAAAAAA